AUGCCGCUGCACAUUCAUGCCGCCAUAGGCCGGGAGAUCACUGUUGUCGACCGGAUGGACCUGCACCUCUGGACAAGGGAGGGGAAGCUCCUCGUGAAGCCCAUCCCUCGUUUCCUUGAUCCGGCCGUUUCCAGAGAAACCUCCGGUGUCCCGACGACUCUUCCUCUACUGGAAGACCUUAGCCGAGAAACUCCUGUGAAUGCACGGGCGCGGCCCGGAUGCGGUCCAUCCGCACUUUCUGCGCACCGAGCUCCAUCCUUCCGCAUUAACAUCAUCCACUACUUCACCCGUCUCCCGCCCUUUGAGCCCUACCUCUGUGGUCGGCACAGCUACGGCAGCCUCUUCCGCGACAACCUCACCUCGAUGGCUGCUGCGACUACUUCGCUGUGGUGCUGA